UCCCAUUUGCGUCCCAGCUCAUCUCUAGAGAGAGAAACACUGAGAGUCUCCCACACGCACACAGCGAGAGCGAGAGAGAGAGAGAGAGAGAGAGAGAGAGUUUUAAAUUCAUUCUUGCAUUCGGCCCCGUCAAUGGCGCAAAUCAAGCUUACAUAAAUGCCAAAAUAAAAAAGAAAAAAAAUAAUAAAGGAAUCCCUAUGUAAACGCUCCGCCCACUGAUGAUUGCCAUAACCUCCACCCACUCCCAAACCCACACUCCCCACACAGUCUCUCUCUCGCCUUGCUUCCUGCUAAUGGUCCGAGAGAGAACAGAGAGCAACAUUAGGGGAGACUAAGCAGUGAGGAAAACAACCAUGGCUCCUGCGUGUUUCAGCAAUCCAAACGCGCCCUCCGGCCCCUCUCCCCACCAAACGCCCCAGAACCUCAUCACCUGCACAUACCACACUGCCUCUCUCUGCUGCGGCGAGCACGCCUCCCACGCCCCCCUCACCCUCGCCUGGUCCAAGUCCCUCGCCUCCCACACUCUCACCCUCUUCGCCCCCGAUUCUUUCUCCUCCACCAUCUCCCUCCGCCCCUCAUUCUUCCGCACCCGACCCGGAUCUGGCUCCAGAUCCAUCCGCCUCGCCGGCCCCCGUCCCCGCAAAAUCAAGCUCCACUGGGAUUUCACCCGGGCCGACUUUCCCCACAACUCCGCCGAGCCCCAGUCCGGCUUCUACCUCGCCAUCACGUGCAAUGCGAGUGUCGAAUUCUUCCUCGGCGAUCUCCGGGACGAGUUCGCUCGCCGGGCCGGGCUGCGCGACUCGGCCGAGCCUGCCCAGACUCUACUGUCGCGGCGAGAGCACGCGUUUGGACGCAGGAGUUACCUUACCCGGGCCGAGUUCUCGGGCUCCAAACACGAGAUUGGGAUAGACUGCGGCGGCGGAGCGCUCCGAGUGAAAGUGGACGGGGAGGUCAAAUUGGUGGUGAAGAGGCUGGCUUGGAAGUUUAGGGGGAAUGAGAGAAUGGUGGUUGGGGGAGUGGAAGUAGAGUUCUUCUGGGACGUGUUCAAUUGGGUCAACCGUUCGAAUUCCGGCGCGAACGGGGUAUUCAUUUUUCAGGUCGGCGACGGCGGCGUGUGGCCGGAGAUGGUCGGCCCAGAGAAGAAGUUGAUGAGGAAGAGCUUGUCGGCGCCGGCCACGUUGGCGACGAUCGCGGUGUCACCCUCGCCGUCCAGUUCGAGUGUGUUGCAGUGGGCGGAAGAGAGCAGCGACGGAGGGCGAAGUUCGAGUUCGUCGUCAACGACAACGAGGUCGAGUGGGAGUAAUGGCGGCGGAUUCUCCUUACUAUUGUAUGCUUGGAAGAGUGACUAAUUAAAAUUGAAAUUUGUCAAACCAAUGUCACAUAAAUGUUUGAAUUUUUGAAGAGUUAGCACUUAAUUUAUAUUUAUUUUUUCGUUUGAAAAAAAAUAUUUUGUCAUCGGAUUUUUUAGUUUCAUCUAAUGAUGUGAUUAUUUUAAAUUGUGUUAAUAUGGAGAAUAUUUUGUACAUUAAAUUUGUACAGCAUGAGGAUGUCGUAUUGGAUUACAAGUUUUUUAUGAAUGAUUUCAUAUGUAACUAUUACCU